UGCGCGACUCAGUCUGAGAGCUGAAUGAAAGUUGAGUUAAUUUUCGGAUUGUUUAUGUAGUUAUUAAAUAUGAGUGACAUUCUUCGAGCUUUAAAAGACCACUUCGGAUUUGACAAGUUUCGAUCUCAGCAGCAGGAGGAUGUCGUGAAAGCAGUACUUAAGGGUGACAGAGAUGUGUUUGUGUGUAUGCCAACUGGAGCAGGGAAAUCUCUGUGCUAUCAGCUCCCUGCACUUCUGGCCACUGGCAUCACCCUGGUCAUUUCUCCUCUGAUUGCACUCAUUCAGGAUCAAGUGGAUCGCCUCAAAGCUCUGAAUGUUCCAGCACGUUCCAUAAACUCCAAACUUCCAUCAGCCGAGCGUCGUCAGAUCCUAGCAGACCUGGAGAGCGACAGUCCUCGUCUCAAACUGCUCUACAUCACGCCAGAGAUGGUGGCCUCGCCGUCCUUUCAGCCCUGCUUGAACUCGCUGUGUUCACGAGGUCUACUGGCGUAUCUCGCUGUGGAUGAAGCUCACUGCGUCUCUCAGUGGGGACAUGACUUCAGGCCGGACUAUCUGAAGCUGGGUGACCUCCGCUCUCGUCUGCAGGGCGUUCCUUGCGUAGCGUUAACCGCCACGGCACCCAAGAGAGUGCAGGAGGACAUCGAGCGCUCGCUCAGACUUCGAUCGCCACUUGUUUUUUCCACGCCUGUUUUCCGUAAAAACUUAAAAUAUGAUGUCAUAUUCCGAGAUUUGUUGCCUGAUCCGUAUGUCCACUUGCUUGGGUUUGCUAAGGAAGCACUGGGUGGAAAUCCAGCAGGAAAGGUAGGGCACUCACAGUCAGACUCACAGCAGAAUAAGCAUAUUUUGUCAUACAAUGAAUACAUGUUUGAUUUGCAGGGAUGUGGGAUUGUUUACUGUCGAACCAGAGAGAGCUGCGAGGAAGUGGCAUUUAAAUUGACUAAAUUUGGAAUAGCUGCCAAGCCAUACCAUGCGGGGCUGAAGGUGGCCGAUCGCACGGAGAGCCAGUCUGACUGGAUGGCGGAUAAAGUGGCUGUUAUUGUAGCCACCAUCAGCUUUGGUAUGGGAGUAGACAAGGCCAAUGUCAGGUUUGUAGUUCACUGGAAUGUAGCGAAGUCUUUGGCGAGUUACUAUCAGGAGUCAGGACGAGCGGGUCGUGAUGGACUGCCAUCCUCCUGCAGAAUAUACUACUCAACCAAAGACAGAGACCAGCUCAACUUCCUCAUCCGGAAAGAGAUUGCACGCAAACAGGAGAAACGAGGAUCCGAGAAAGAGCAGGAUAAAGCUCCCAUCCUGGACUUUGAUGCUAUGGUUGCUUUUUGUGAACAAGAAGGAUGCAGACACGCCACCAUCUCCCAGUUUUUCGGUGAUCAGAAACCCAACUGCGCUGGCGCGUGCGACUUCUGUCGGGACCCCAAACUCGUCCGCGCUCAACUUGCAAGAGCAGCAACCCUCACCACCAGAACCGGCCCGGCCCAGAGCACCCAGCCCAGUGGUCCGUUCGGAUUUGAUCCUGGACUCUAUGCGGGAGGCAGGAAGGGUUAUGGGUUUGAGAGAUAUGAUGAGGAAGAGGGUGAAGAUGCUGAAGAGGAUUCUGAGAGGAGAAGAAAACAGUUUGGAGAUCUCUUCAAGAAGCAGAUGAGCAUGAGAAAGGGUUCAGAUGUGGGAAGAGAGACAUUUGUUCCACCAGAUGCGGACUGUCCGUUAAAGGACGCCAGUAGUCAGAAGAUCCCCAGACUCACAGUGAAGAGCAGAGAGCACUGCCUGUCUCUUCUGCAGGAGUGUCUGAUCAACCACAAGAGGGCACUAGAGAACACAAAUAGCUUUGACACACUCGAUCAGGCCGUGCAAAUAGAGUACGAGAUCUUCAAAACCUGUAAAUCAGCCAACUUGUACAAAGCUGCGGUUCUCAAGAGAGUGUCAGAGAUGAAGAAAGCUGUGGCGUCAGACGUUUCUGAAGACAGACGGACAGAGACUGAUGAAGAGGCCGGACCCUCCUCUUCCUCAUCUCAACCUCAACCUGAUCUGCACGGCUUCACUUCAGCCUCUCAGAUUUACUCCCUAAAGAGAAAGCGAGUAGGUGCAGGUUUUCGUGGUUCGUCCAGCUUGUUUCAGACGGCUGCAGAUCUUCUGAAAGAAACUCUUGCUACAAACACGUCUACAGACCCCAACUGUGAGGAGGAGGAGGAGCAGGAAACGGGAGGAAAACCAAAGAUUAAAAGCAGCACUUCAUCUCCUGUCAAAGCCAAAAGCAGCACAACUUCCUCCCUGAGCAGCCCAAAUAAAAAACUCACUAAGAAACAGCAGAAACUAGCAGAAGCAGCCAAAGACACCCGCUGUAUAUCACAGUAUUUUGGAAAAAAGCAAGUAGACACCAUCCAGAUAAAAGGAGGAAAUGUGUCACCAUCAGAGCUCAGGGAGGAAAGCUCAGGAUCUCAGGAUCAUUCAUCUUCUGACUUUAUAACAUUGAAGAGCAAUUCAACAGAUGUUUCAGGGAGCGGUGGUCCUUUGGAGAACCCUGCUAUGAACGCAAGUCCUCCUCUAGAACCGACGGUCAAACGAGAAGAGAUGGACUUGGACCCUGAGGUCUCCACUGAUCCAGGGAUUGAGGGAGAGAACAACAAAUCGGGGACCCAGGAAAUUCAGCCAAAACAAAUAUAUGAAGACAGGUCCCAGUCGCCUCCUGUUAAAUGCAGCCGCAUGCUAAAGGAAAUAAGGAGAGUGACCUUUGACCCUGUGGUGCAGGAGAAAACCAUGAAUGGAGACGCUGCUGAGAUUCAAGAACAUGCUGUGACACUGAAGGAAGCUGCUGAUGUCGUGGUUAAAUGUCUGGAUCCUUUCUACAAAAAGGGAAAAUUUGCCAAUAAGGACUUGUUCAAAUCUUUCGCCCGAUUCCUCUCCCAUCUCCUCACUGAGAAAAAAACUGUAAAUCGAGUCCAAGUGAAGUUAGAAGCAAUAAAGUUAAUCAAGAGUUUCUUCAGCCGGAUCGAGCGCUGUGAGAGCGAAAUGGACUGGAAGCACUUGAAAAUCAAAGAUAGAUAGAAAUCACAGUGUCUCUGUGUCCUAUCAUCAAAACCUCUGGACGUCCUCCACCUGUGGAUGCUGUAUGUUUAGCGACAGGCUGCUGUGUGUCUCAGGUUCAUCGUGAGGGCUUAUGCACAUAUUGCACACAAAUCUGAACUUUACCCGUUUUAUUUUUAAGGUCCGAACAGACCUCAAUAACUGUUAUGUAGCGUUUAUUGCUGCUAAUGCGCUCUAUAGUAGUACGAACUGUUAUGCAAACUACAUUAAAAAGGGCAAAUGUGCACAAAUACAAAAUAAGUAGUAGUUUACAAAGAAUAAAUUAAGGAAAUAGUAACUAAUGUACUCGCCCGUGUUUAUUUAUUUUAUUAUUUAGUUUUUCUUUGUGUUGCUUUUAUAUAGAGUAUAGAAUAUAGAUGGGUCUUAUAGUUCAUAAUGACCACUACAGUCAAUCUUUAAAAAAAGCAUGUAAACUGUCUAAGUGCCAAUAUGACGUAUACACUGUGUUUCAGAUCAAGUUUUGUGUGAAUUUCAGUAGGGUAUGGCUCACACAAAGCUAUUUUACAGCACCAGAAGACCUACAGCAUAAUUGUUUGGGAUGCUUUUAUGCCUCCCCUACUGAAAAAAACUUGUGAGCUGGUUUAAGCUGGUCUCCCAUCUUGGUAAUAGCUGGUUUUGCUGGUGUAGCAAGCUGGUCUUACUGUGUUUUGGUCACUUUUUAAGAUGUUCAGGCUGGAACCAGCUACUACCACCUUAACCCGGCUAAAACCAGCUACCAGCUUAUGCUGGUCUUUUUCAGUAGGGUAGCUUUACAGGCUAAUCGCUAUUAUGAAUAGCAUGAAAACCAUCUGCUUGAAGACUUUCACCACAUAUGUAACAGCUGUAUGGGUUUACAACAGUGUGUCA